AUGUGUCGAUCGCUAAAAGCUGAACACGUGCGAAUGGCCAUCGCUGGCUGUUCCGUAAUUGUUUCCUUCCUGAUUUUGGAGUUCAAGUGGCUGGAGAAUGACAAGUACUGUGAAAUCAGUGUGUGGAAUCACGUUUGUGUGCUGCAGAUCAUCGGUGGGAUCUGCCUAUUCGUGGGUUCCUUGAAGAAUAAUCAUUGGCUUUUUUUGCCCUGGAUGUUAGCUUCCAUCAUUUUGAUAUACACGCUGUCGUACAAGUCCAUUCUUUAUUUAAGCUAUCUGGAGGGCAGAAUGUUGAUGAUGGUUCCCCUACUUCCAUUUAUAGCAGGUAUCUGGUCCUAUUUCGUGUACGAUGUCUUUCAGGACUUUCUCCAACUGCAAAGUGAAUCGAUCAAGAUAAUCUCCAUAAUGGAGUCGGUGCGAACGGAGUAUUAAAGCGCGUUUUUAACCAGUGAAACGCAAUUGA